AUGUCUCCACACGGCGCGCGCGGGCCGACGGUCGGUCGACCGCGCGCGUCGAGCGGUGCGCGGACGGCCGCGACGGACGCGCGCGCGCGCGGUCGGUGCGGGACGACGACGCGCGCGCGGGGGGGGCGGGCGGGAGAUUUCGCGCCGGACGCGCGGACGACGCGGACGACGCGGACGACGACGCGGGACGAAACAUCCACGGCGUCGAGGAAGGCGACGAUCUCGCCGAGCGCGCUGUGUUUGGUCGUGUGCGGUAUCCUUUCGUGCGGCGUCGGGGCGGCGCGCGCGCGACGGGCGCGACGAUUGGCGGCGGCGCGCGAGGCGCGCGCGGUUCGCGCGCGGAUCGAACGCGCGAGACGCGAGACGGAGAAUCAAGCGCGCGAGCGCGCGCGCAUCGCUCGAGAGGUUGAACGGGUCGAGCGCGCGCGUGAGAUUGCGCGCGCGGACGCGCUCGAGCGACGAGCGAAGGAGACGGCGCGACGCGUCGCGGAACGAGACGAAGCCGAGCGAAGGCGCGUCGAGCGCGAUCGAGAGAUGCGAGAGCGAAUCGUGGCGUCGGAUCGGUGCGUGUACGUCGAUACCUCGGAUGAUGACGAUCGAGCCGUUCCCAAGCGCGGUUGGGGGUCGUAUUACCCGAGAGAUUACGACGAGCCGUAUUGCGCGACGACGACGACGACUUCGGAGACGACGGAGGGAGCGACCGAGGCGCGAGACGUGGAGACGAGAAAAGUACAGAGGAAGGAACAGCGCGUUAAAUAUUUCGCUUUAGUAUCGUCGCGGAAUCACGGGACAUCGGUGAGCGAGCGAAGAGAGAUUGAGGAGGAGUUCGCGCGACGCGUUUCGUCGCUCGACGCGAAAUCGAGAGUGUUCGAGACGGCGUCGCUCACCGGCGUCGACGCCAAGCUGUACACGCUUGCGGCUCGACAUUUACGGCGUGAGCGGUACAUGGACGCCAUGGCGGGCGAUGGCGCUUUUUCGGACGUCUUCAUGACGCAUCACGCGAGCGACGCCGAGACGGCGUUCUUCGGCGACGAGGACGCCGUGUUGAAGUGUUCCAAUCCGUUCCCGGGCGUCGUCGGCGGCGGAAAAGUCGGCGAUGGCUAUCGAAUCGGUGCCGUGGAGGCGAUGACGUUGUCAUCGAUGCCGAAGCAUCCGCACAUCGUGAGAAUCUUCGCCGGUCUACUCGAACGCGCUCGGAACGAGAGUUACCUCUUGCUCAGCGCCGCCGGGCGAAACGCGCACGACAUGCGCGAACGCGGCGAGUUAACGCCUCGACAAAGCCGAGAGCUCGCUCGCGCACUGGUGCACGCGAUGGCGCACUGUCACGCCAACGGCGUCGUCCAUCGCGACAUCAAGCCCGGGAACGUGUUACUGUCGCCGGGCGCGGGCGCUAACACGUUUCGGGCGACGCUCAUCGAUUUCGGCGUCGCGCGACAACCGAUCAUUCAGGAUGCGUAUCACGCAUCGUUGUACGGCACGCCGGGAUACCAAUCCCCAGAACUGUUAUUGAGUGACAUGAACGGCGUCGACGACGAACAGUGGACCAAGGUGGACGUCUUCGCGUUCGGCGCGACGUGUUUCUUCCUGUGCGCCGGACGCGAGCUCUUUGGCUACGUGGACGACGAAACGGGUGAGAUCGAACCCAAGCGCGAGAGCAAAACAAAGGUGAAACGCGUCGCGACGGCUCUUCUGCGGCAGGCGUCUCGAUUGUUCCCCGAUGGCGGCGAAGGCGCCGCUUCGGACGCCGUCAUCGUGAAUUCCAUGUUGCGGUUCGCCGACAUGAAACUGUCGCGUUCGCACGAGAAGCGUUACCGUGACGUCUUCGGCGUCGACCCGCCGAGCGCAUCGUCGUCCAAGAAUAUGCUCGAGCGUUACGUCAUCGACGUCGUCAGCGCGACGCAACCGCGCCCGUUCGCCGAGCUCGUCGCUAGGUGUUUGGCGUACGAUCCGAGCGCGAGACCGAGCGCGAGGGAAAUCUUGGCGCACGAAGAGGCGUGGCUCGGCGUUGAGGACGACGCGGACGUCCUGGGCUGGGACUACGCCAAAGAUAGUCGUGCCGUCGAGAUCAACGUCGAUACCACCGAUUCGCUCGCGAACGCAUCGCCGGUGAUGAAUCGAUAG